AAAGGGCAGCAGGCUGGUAGUGCUGAAUCAUCACGAUCCGGUCGUCAUCCAGACCCGUACACGCUCUUCCGAGACCGACUCGGUCGCUCAAACGGCCACGCCGACCGAGCAACCGGCGAUUUGAUGAUAACACAGACAAAGGGGGUGCACGCAGCGUACGGCUGUCAAGCUUUAAAAAAAAAAAAAGAAGCCAUGUGUCGGAAUUAGAAGACCGUGCGGGGAGUUCGAGAGUGUGCUUUCUGAUUCUGAGCCGUUGGUACGGCCGGGGAUUCCCUUGUGUUGCGUGGAUACUAAAUUACCAACGUUAGAUAUUUAGAAAGGAGAAAGUAAGAAGAGCCGAGGGCAAACGUUAACUUACACUGAACAACUUAAGCGUGAGGAGCCCCUCGGUAACAACACACAACCUCAACGUUAGCUGCUCCGGCUGUCCUCUGCUCGGGGUGCUGAAGCGGCAGCGGCGGACACUAUCUGGAAGCCUCCCGCUGUCGCUUCACACGUCCUCAGUCGGUUUCCUCUGUCACAGGUCUGUUCAGAAGAGCAAGGCUCUUGUGGCAUGACGACGACUAACAAAGGAAAUAAAGCCCUGAAGGUGAAGCGCGAGCCGGGGGAGAAUGGCACCAGCCUCACAGACGAUGAGCUGGUGACCAUGUCAGUGCGGGAGCUGAAUCAGCACCUCCGUGGACUCUCCAAGGAGGAGAUCCUGCAACUGAAGCAACGGCGGCGCACCCUGAAGAACCGGGGCUAUGCCGCCAGCUGCCGGGUGAAGAGAGUCACCCAGAAGGAGGAGCUGGAGAAGCAGAAGGCCCAGCUGCAGCAGGAGGUGGACAAACUGGCCAAUGAGAAUGCUUCGAUGCGCGUUGAGCUGGACGCUCUGAGGUCUAAGUACGAGGCGUUACAGACGUUCGCCAGGACUGUGGCACGGAGCCCCACUGUCGGGGUCGGGGUUAGGGCUGGAGGAGGGGGAGGAGGGGGAGGGGUGCCGUCGUCAGUCAUUGGUCCACUCAUACCGGGAAAGGUGGCAACAGCGACGAGCGUGAUCACAAUAGUGAAGUCAAAAACAGAUGCACGGUCUUGAGGGAGGGAAGGAUAGAUGAGGGUGGAGUUCAGCUGCAACAGAGUAAUUCUUCUCCUCUGCCAGCCGCCUCUCCUCCACCUGCACUGACUUCAAACAGCUGGGCCGUCUCGAUCACGUGGCCUCAGCAUGUUCCCAUCACCUGUCUCUCAGAUCAGUGCAGGUGGAGGAAAGAAUGGAAGCAGAGGAAGAUUAUUGAGACUACAAAGGAGCAAGCCCUUGGUCAGCGCAUGAUCAUUUAGCACAGGACAGAUACACAGGGUUCCUACGGUCACUGAAAGCCUGGAAGAAUCAAAGAAUUUGAGAUUAGUUUUAUUCCAGGCCAGGAAAAAAAAAAUAUCAUAAAACAUAAAUGCCCAAAACACUUUGGAAAAAACAUGCAAUUUUGUUCAGUUCCGUUUACGUCAGUCGAGUGUUCAGUGUCGAGUUUUACUGCUGGUAGAUCUCUAGAUAUCUGUAAAUGCAUAAUAAUCCUGUCACACAUUUGCACACUACAUUUGAAGUAGUCGUUGAACAUUUAAAUUUGCAUUUUUUGAAACCACAUAUUAAUUAGAAUCAGAACUCCUGAACUCCAAAAGAAUAGAUUUCUUGUGACCUGCUGAUUUCAGUGGCUGCAGAGGAGUUUCAUCUUGCUCCACCCAGCAAGAACUUUUUCAAAAAAGUACUAUAGAAAAAUAUAUAUUACACAAUGGUGGUACCUGUAUUUCUACUGUUUUGUACUGUGCUGUCAUUCACAUGAGGUCCAAAGUGUAUUCUGUGUGUCAAUUGUUAUAUAUCAGGAAUUCUGUGAAAUUCUGUGGCGCGUGUUCGUUUUGGUAUUGCUAUAUUUAGUUAGUUGUAUUUUUUCUACAGUCUCUUCACUUUCUAUAUCCAACUCUCUUUCUCUGACGUAUUCUUUCUCUGUCCUUCCAUUUUUCAAUUCCAACUGGGUUCCAGUUAUUAUACACAGUACUUCCUGGAUCUAACAGAGAGAAGGGGGGAAAGGCAAUUGAUAUUUACCAAAAAAACAAAACAAAAAAAAACAACACUGUAGAGAAAAGGAGACAAAGUUACUGAAACUGAAAAAGUCACUGACCUUAUCUCAGUUCAUAAGAAUUUUCAGGGAAAUGGUCAUUUGAACACCAGAGUGGAAUUAAGAUAAAGUUGUCUUCUGUCUGAGUUCCUCUCAAAAAUAUAUUCAAGAAAAUUGAAAGGGCAAGUGCCUUGGUCUCCUAAUGAUAUGCAUCAGGAAGAAGUCAAGAGAACAUGAACUGUGAAGAUUCAAUGCAAGUGCUUAUACCUGUGCUUAAUGGGAUACACUGACCAAUCAGGAAUCAGGUUGUGGCAGCAUUUAACUCUCGGUGUGCGUCGUCGUAUGAGCUGUGUAGUACCCAUCAGGAUUAUUAAUAUUAAUAUUAACACCCAUUUAUGUGAUUGACAGUUCAUUUACUCAAAGAAAAAACAAGAGGGGUCUGCAAAACAGGAGCAUUCACAGUCAUUUAUCGUUCAUAUCUUGCACAGAAUAAUGUCCAUAUAUCUGUUUCAUGUGAAUUACUUGGUUCACAUGUUUUUGACUCUGAAAUCUAGGUUAUACUCACUGCAAACAUGUCUUGCUUCAAAUCAAAGCAGUUUAGGUUGCAUUCCUCUUGCUUUUAACCACAAAGCUCACUUUGCAAGUGCAAAUAUGAUUACUCACAAUGCAGUCUGCUGGCAAAGAUAUUUCUCUGAAUUUUCAGUCACACAAAUGGGAUGUCAUUUCACUCGAGUUUUACCAUAAAAAGUAGUCUUAUGUGGUGUUCUAUACUUAAAAGAAUCUUUGUCUAUGUAUGGUAGAGUCUGGAAUUUUAUAAAGACAAUUAUCUUUGCAUUGUUUGUAACGACCUGUAAAAAAAAAAAGGUA